GAAGAAUCAUCCGACGAAUCGGAGCCGGAAGCACCGGCACCUCGCCGCAGCAGCAGGAACUCCGUGGCGCCGCAACGGUUGAAUCUGUUUACGAAAGAACAGGCGUACGAGAGGACCGAACAUGCUAUGGUGACUGGAAGUGACUUCGGCAACCUCGGGAGAGGCAGUCCCGGGGAGGUGGGCUACAUGCCUGCCGAUCCUGCCACCUACGAUGAAGCGAUGAGUGGACCGGAUGCAGCACGCUGGAGAGCGAGCAUGAACGAUGAAGAGCAGUCGCUCUACGACCACGACGUGUUCGACUGGGUGCUUCCGCCCGAAGACGCCCAACUUCUUCCGACUAGGUUCCACUACAGGUGGAAGUACAACCAAGAACAUGUGCCAGUUCGCCCGAAGAGUCGCGUGGUGGUGCAAGGUUUUCACGAAGCUGACACGGGAGCGGAUAAGGCUGCACCGGUGGCGUCUAUGGAAUCUGUCCAUCUAGUGGUUUCCCACGCUGCUGGUUUUGGCCAAGCUCUCAGGCAGGCCGACAUGAAGACGGCUUUUCUCAACUCCAGGAUGUCCAAGAAAGACAAACCUAUCUACGUAAUACCUCCGAAGGGGUUCACGUGCUCGCAGGAGCAAACAAAGCUGGUCUGGCGACUUAAGGCGUGGCUGUACGGCCUACGCCUCUCUCCGAAAAGCUGGAAUGGGACGUUUCACCUGUUCCUGCUGGAGAUCGGGUUCGUCCCGAGCACCGCCGAUCCGUGUCUGUACACGUUGAACGGGGGAGAGGUCAUCCUGCUCGUCUACGUGGACGACAUCCUACUUACCGGAGCCAAGGAGGAGCUCGUGACGACCAUUAUCGAACAGAUGAAGGAGCGCUUUGAGACGGUGGACCUGGGAGAAGCAAAGUUUAUCCUGGGAAUGGCCAUCCAGCGCAACCUCGAAGCGGGCACCAUCCUACUGACGCAAGAAGCUUACACCAAGGCCGUGCUUGCUAAAUUCGGCAUGGCUGACGUGCGCGCGGCGGCAACGCCGGCCGAGAAGGAGCCGGUUACGACCAAGGAAGAAAAUGCUCUGUCGCCGGAGCAAACUACCAUGUUCCGGUCGGCUACGGGUUCGGUCCUAUACAUCAGCAGGGGAUCGAGGCCAGACAUCUCUCACUCGGUGCUGGUACUCACGAAGAGCAUGGCUAAACUAGGACCGAAGGCGCUUGCCAAACUGAAACGACUCAUGCGCUACCUGAAGGGGACGACCUCUUUGGGCAUCACCUACCGCAAGGACGCGCAAGGCGGAGAUAAACUAACCGCUUACGUCGACUCUGACUUCGCAGGCGAUCUUGACGAUCGAAAAUCGACUACUGGGGUCGUUCUUACCCUCGCAGGUGGCCCGGUGGACACGACAAGUGUAAAGCAGACGGUCACUGCCACGUCGUCGGCUGAGGCAGAAUACGUCGCAAUGUCCAAGGAAUGCAAAAUUAUCCUACACUGGCGUCAUCUUCUCAAGACCAUCAAUUGA